AGCUGUGGCGUCGCACGAUUAAAUUUUUAUUAAAUUUCGACAAAAUAGUUAACUAAACAUGCCUGCCGUGGUGCGCAUCAAGCGACGCAUUGAUGAGGAACCACACACAGCGUUUGUGCUGAAUGGAAAAAGACGACGCUUGCAAGAAGAUGAAAGCGAAUCGACGCCAGACAAAGAAAAAGAACUAUUGAGCACGUUUAGGUUCGCCGGCACUUUGGAAAAUCAGGAUGAUUGCGCUACCAAACAGUUUGCAGCUGCACGCCUCAAUAAGGCAAGCGCCAAGGAACUUGUGCAGCAGAAGAGCGGAGUUGGCGACGGUGGCGUCAAUAGGCGCGAAAAGCUGCGUCAGCAGACACAGCAGGCAGCACGCGAACAGCGUUUCCGUGUCGUUAACUGUCUGCGCACCACCUUAGAUGAUCAGAAUGCAAACGAAACGGACGGCAGUGGAGAGCAGAAGGCAAAUUCUGCCACAACUGUUGCCAGCGCCAGCAACACUAACAGCCAAAUCACCAUAGUGGACAUAGAAUCGCAAGAGACGCCCACAACAGAUGCACAGAACUCACAACUGCCCGCCGAUUCGGACAUUGGCUACGUCUACGAUCUGUAUGUGCCGGAGAAUGAGCAGCAGGCGGCAGUUGUAGACAUGAUGGACGACAACUAUUUAAGCAUAUUUCGCGCGGGUGAAGUCAUUUUUGAAGACAGCUACAACGACGAUGACGAGGAAUUUGAUUCGGAGGACUCGAAUCAGGAGAACUACUACACCAACGACUAUCCCGAUGAUGACGAGUUUGAGCAGGCGGACUCUAAUUUCGGUGAUUUGUGCGAACAAAUGCAUAAAUUCGUGCUCGAUGAGGACGAAGAGGACAAGCAGGAUGAUGAUGAGUUUCUAGCCUCCAGCGAGGACGAAGACUAUAACACAUUCCAGGAUCCAUAUGUGCACACCAUUGAUACUGAUGCCGCUGGCUUUGUGGACGAUAUCGACUUCUGCAAUGUGGAUAAUCAGGGCAGCGCCUACGAGCGUUACAAGCGUCGUCUGCUGCGCGAGGCCGAGGGUCUUGAGCACUGCUCCGACUCUGAUGAUGAUGAUGCCAACUUUGAAAGUGCCAGCGAGCACAGCAAUUGAGCAAAAUACCAAUGCCUAUGAUGAGCAUACAAAUAUGUUAAUGCGAAACAUUUUAUAGGCAUUUUAGAAAUGGCCUUUUUCGUGCUUCGCAUACAUAUACUUAUAACAUUUUAGUAACUAGAUUAAGCUUAUGGCCCACUAAUCGAAUAUUGCCAAUGAAAUAUAUAUAAAUACAGGCUUGUUCUGAACCGAGAGCCUCCAUCGUUAUAGUCAACCAACAAUUUUAUUCUACAAUAAAUCAAAACCGGCCAUUAGGCUAUGAAUUUGCUUCUUAAA